GUGUGUGGGUGAGCGGCCUCGUGGUGGGGGAGGUGUGCCAGCAGCCUUCCCACUGGGCCUCCGUCCGCACCCUGCACCAAUGGCUCCAGAGUGAAGGGGUGUGUGGCAUCUACGGCAUUGACACCCGAGCGCUGACUAAGAAGAUUCGGGAACAUGGCUCACUGCUUGGCAAGAUCGUGGUGGAUGAAAGCAACGACCCGGAUUUUUAUGACCCCAACAAGGUCAAUCUGGUCGACCAGGGUGUCCAUCAAGGAGCCCCGAGUGUACAACCCUGAUGGGGAGGUGAAGGUGGUGGUGGUGGACUUUGGGCUGAAGUACAACCAGCUGCGGUGCCUGCUGAGGAGACGCAUGAGUGUGACGGUGGUGCCCUGGGACCAUCCCCUUGAUCCCACACAGUACGACGGGCUCUUCCUCAGCAACGGCCCAGGUGACCCCCAGAUGUGCAGCACUGCCGUGGAACACAUCCGCACGGUGAUGGCAGCCAGCACUACCAAGCCCAUCUUUGGCAUCUGUCUCGGCCACCAGCUGCUGUGUGUGGCUGCUGGCUGUACCACCUACAAGAUGAAGUAUGGUAACCGUGGCCACAACCAGCCCUGCAUGCACGAAGGGUCGCGCCGCUGCUUCAUCACCUCCCAGAACCAUGGUUACGCAGUGGACGCAGCCUCCAUCCCCUCAGAAUGGGUGCCACUCUUCACCAACAAGAACGACAACUCCAAUGAAGGCAUUGCGCACCGCUCCCUGCCCUUCUUCAGCGUGCAGUUCCACCCCGAGCACUGUGCUGGCCCAGAGGACAUGGAGAGCCUGUUUGAUGUGUUCCUGGAGGCGGUGAAGCAGGCCAGCCAUGGUGUGACGAAGGAGGCCUGGGAUCUGCCAGCCACCCUCACCUCACACAUCAGCUAUAAGCCGCUGCCAGAGGUGCCUCAGGCUGAGACAGGGAAACUCCCCAAGAAGAUCCUCAUUCUGGGCUCAGGUGGCCUUUCCAUUGGUCAGGCAGGCGAGUUUGACUAUUCUGGUUCCCAGGCUAUCAAGGCCAUGAAGGAGGAGGGUGUGGAGUCAGUACUGAUGAACCCAAACAUUGCCACAGUGCAGACGAGUAAAGGCCUGGCAGACAAGGUGUACUUUCUGCCUAUCACUCCCUCUUAUGUGGAGCAGGUCAUCAAGUCGGAGCGUCCUGAUGGCGUCCUACUCACUUUUGGGGGUCAGACGGCCCUUAACUGUGGCGUGGAGCUGGAGCGGGCUGGUGUGUGGUCUAAGUAUGGGGUACGGGUGCUGGGGACUCCCGUGGCCUCCAUUGUGCAGAGUGAGGACCGUAGGAUGUUUGCUGAGGUGGUGGCGUCUGUUGGGGAGCGAGUGGCCCCUUCUGCUGCUGUGUAUUCUGUGGAGGAGGCACACGAGGCAGCCGAGAGGAUUGGCUACCCGGUGCUGGCCAGGGCUGCCUACGCACUGGGUGGUCUUGGCUCAGGUUUUGCUGACAACCCUCAGGAGCUGGCAAAGCUGGCCACCUCUGCCUUUGCUCACUCCCCACAGCUCAUCAUUGACAAGUCUCUGAAGGGGUGGAAGGAAGUGGAAUAUGAAGUGGUGCGAGAUGCAUAUGACAACUGUAUCACGGUGUGCAACAUGGAGAACAUUGAUCCUCUUGGCAUUCACACUGGGGAGAGCCUUGUGGUGGCCCCCUCACAGACACUCACCAACAGGGAAUACCAGGUCCUGCGUUCCACUGCCCUGUCUGUGGUGAGGCGGCUUGGUGUGGUGGGUGAGUGCAACAUACAGUAUGCCCUCAACCCAAACUCAGAAGAAUAUUACAUCAUUGAGGUCAAUGCCAGGCUGUCCAGGUCCUCGGCUCUUGCAUCCAAGGCCACUGGGUAUCCACUAGCAUAUGUGGCGGCCAAGCUUGCUCUAGGAAGGGCACUGCCAGACCUCACCAACUCAGUCACUGCCUCCACCACCGCCUGCUUUGAGCCCUCCCUUGACUACUGUGUGGUGAAGGUGCCUCGCUGGGACCUCUCCAAGUUCAGCCGUGUAUCUACCAAGAUUGGCAGCUCCAUGAAGAGUGUUGGAGAGGUGAUGGGCAUUGGUCGGUCCUUCGAGGAGGCUCUGCAGAAGGCACUGAGGAUGGUGGACGAGACACUGUCAGGCUUUGAUCCCUAUGUCAGUGAGGCAGAUGAAAAGGAGCUGACAGAGCCGACAGACAAGCGGAUCCUGGUGUUGGCAGCCGCACUCAGGAAAGGCUGGGACAUCGACAAGCUCUACACCCUCACCAGGAUAGACAAGUGGUUCCUGUACAAGAUGAAGAACAUCACCAACAUGUAUGAGCAUCUGGAGAGCCUGGCUGAGGAGGAGGAGCUGCCUGAAGAUGUGCUGCGGGAGGCAAAGAAACUUGGGUUUUCGGACAAGCAGAUUGGAGGAGCGGCUGAGGGCACGGAGCAGGCUGUGCGUGACCUGAGGGAGAAACAUGGAAUCUUGCCGUUCGUGAAGCAGGUGGACACAGUGUCAGCUGAGUGGCCAGCUGCCACUAACUACCUCUACCUGACCUACUGUGGCUCCUCCCAUGACCUCACCUUCCCGCCUGGGGCCACCAUGGUGCUGGGGUCAGGAGUGUACCGCAUCGGGUCGUCAGUGGAGUUUGACUGGUGUGCAGUGCAGUGCAUUCGAACCCUCCGCAAGCUGGGCCACCGUACCAUCAUGAUUAACUACAACCCUGAGACUGUAUCCACUGACUAUGACAUGUGCGACCGACUCUACUUUGACGAGAUCUCCUUUGAGGUUGUAAUGGACAUCUACAACCUUGAGAACCCCCUUGGUGUGAUCCUGAGCAUGGGGGGGCAGCUGCCAAACAACAUAGCCAUGGACCUGCACCACCAGAACGCCCACAUCCUUGGCACAUCCCCAGAGUCCAUCGACGGUGCUGAGAACAGAUUCAAGUUCUCGCGCAUGCUGGACAAAAUUGGAAUCUCCCAACCACAGUGGAAGGAACUCACUAACCUAAAGUCAGCCCAGGCGUUCUGCGAGGAGGUGGGAUUCCCCUGCCUGGUGCGUCCGUCCUAUGUGCUCUCUGGUGCAGCUAUGAAUGUGGCACACUCCCACCAAGACCUGGAGACAUACCUCAACCAGGCUGCUGCUGUGUCCAAAGAGCAUCCUGUGGUCAUCUCCAAGUUCAUUCUAGAGGCGAAGGAGAUAGACGUGGAUGCGGUGGCAAGUGACGGAGCGCUGGUGUGCAUGGCGGUGAGUGAGCACGUGGAGAAUGCCGGCGUGCACUCAGGUGAUGCCACGCUGGUUACGCCACCGCAGGACCUCAACUCAGAGACGCUGGCCAAGAUCACCUCUAUUGUGGCAGCCAUUGCCCGGGCCCUGGAGGUGAAUGGCCCCUUCAACAUGCAGCUCAUUGCCAAGGACAACCAUCUGAAGGUGAUAGAAACAAACCUGAGGGUGUCACGGUCCUUCCCCUUCGUGAGCAAGACACUGGACUUUGACUUUGUUGCCUGUGCCACCCGGGUCAUCGUUGGGGAGGAGGUGCUGCCCUCUAACGUCCUGAGGGGCUGUGGACGAGUGGGAGUCAAGGUGCCACAGUUUAGCUUCUCACGGCUGGCAGGAGCUGACGUGAUGCUGGGGGUGGAGAUGGCUUCAACAGGAGAGGUGGCUUGCUUUGGGGAGAACCGCUAUGAGGCGUAUCUCAAGUCCAUGAUCUCCACUGGCUUUGUUAUCCCUCAGAGGUCCAUCCUGCUCUCCAUUGGCAGCUAUAAGCACAAGAAUGAGUUGCUGCCGGCAGUGAGGACGCUGGCACAGAUGGGUUACAAGCUCUAUGCAUCACUCGGCACUGCUGACUUCUACUCCACUCACGGCAUUCAGGUGGAACCAGUGGAGUGGGCUUAUGAGAACAUCGCAGAGACAGCAACUAAGGGCCAGCUCUCCUCAAUGGCCGAUUACUUAGCUAGAAAGGGACUCAUCUACAGCAUAAGGGAGUUUGACUUGGUGAUCAACUUGCCAAUGAGAGGCGGUGGUGCCAGGCGCGUCUCCUCCUUCCUCACUCAGGGUUACAGGACCCGCAGGAUGGCUGUUGACUUCUCAGUCCCCCUGGUCACUGAUGUCAAGUGUGCCAAGCUGCUGGUUGAGGCUCUGAGAAUGAUUGGGGGAGCACCAGACCUCAAGACUCAUGUGGAUUGUGUCACCUCCAGAAGGAUUGUGAAGCUGCCUGGCCUGAUUGAUGUGCACGUGCAUGUGAGGGAACCAGGAGCAACCCACAAGGAGGACUGGGCAUCAUGCACUGCGGCAGCGCUGGCGGGCGGUGUCACCCUGAUCUGUGCCAUGCCCAACACUCAACCUCCCACCGUCGACCUUGAUGCACUCACGCUUACUAAGGAGCUGGCAAAUCGUGGAUCUCGCUGUGAUUUUGCUGUGUUCCUUGGUGCCUCGACCAACAACCAUGCCACUGUCGCAGAGUUAGCUCCUCGUGCUGCUGCUCUCAAGAUGUACCUCAACCAGACUUUCACCACUUUGCGUCUGCAUGAUACCACCGUUUGGCUCAAGCAUCUAGAGUCCUGGCCUGCCCACCUGCCCGUGUGUGUGCAUGCCGAGGGGCAGACCACGGCUGCAGCACUCAUGAUGGCACACCUGGCUGGCCGACCCAUCCACGUGUGUCAUGUGGCCCUGAAGGAGGAGGUGCUGCUCAUCCGCUCUGCCAAGGAAAAGGGCAUGGCAGUAACAUGUGAGGUGUGUCCGCAUCACCUGUUCCUCACCUCCGAAGACCUGGAUCACCUGGGACUGAAAGGGGAGGUGCGGCCCAAACUCGCCUCACCUGCAGACCAACAGGCACUCUGGGACAACCUGGACAUCAUUGACUGCUUUGCCACAGACCACGACAACUCGGAUGAACUCCUGUGUGGGGAAGCAGCGCCCCACACCAUAGAGGAGAAGAAGUCCAUGCAGCCUCCCCCAGGCUUCCCAGGCCUGGAAACAAUGCUGCCAUUGCUGCUUACGGCUGUCACGCAGGGCAAGCUGUCCAUGGAGGACCUGGUCAACAAGCUGCAUCACAACCCUCGCCGCAUCUUCCACCUACCGCGCCAGCCUCGCACAUACAUCGAGGUGGACCUUGAUGCCCAGUGGACCAUUCCUGAGGCACCACCCUUCAGUAAGGCACAGUGGACGCCCUUUGCCGGCAGGAAGGUCACGGGCAGGGUGCAGAGGGUGGUGCUGAGGGGAGAGGUGGCCUACGUGGAUGGACAGGUGUUGGUGCCUCCCGGGUUUGGGGAGGAUGUGAGGGAGACCCAGCCCCUGUCCCCACUACCCACCCCAGGACAGGUGGCAGCCCCGCCCGCCUUCCCCACACAACCACAGUAUUCUGCUCCCACCAACAUCAACCUUCCACAGCCUGCUCAUGCAGGUUUUGGCAGCACCAAGAUGUUGCUGAGCAGUGAGUUCCACACACCUGCUGAGAUCAUCAUCCCCCAGUCGUCCGUGACAACCCCCCAGCUGCUGUCACCUGCACGCAAGCCACCACAGCUGCUACACCGCUCCCAGGAAAUAUAUGGGGAGGUGUUGCCAGAGGUGGCUGUAGCAGAGGGUGUGACUGAGUGGAAGGAGACCACCCCAUCCCGCUCCCGACCCCGAGACCACUCACCUCUCCCGGCUGCUGGCGUCCUCUCCACCCAAGCUACUCAUGGACUCCAGGGGCAACACUUCCUCAGUGUGGAGAACCUGAACAAGGAUCAGCUGAACCAUAUCUUUGACCUGGCUCAGACCUUCCGUGUGUGCAUCAACAAGGAGCGACCACUUGACCAUGUGCUCAAGACUGGAAUGGAGAAACUGCUGGAGGGGAAACUGAUGGCACUCAUGUUCUAUGAGGUGUCGACGCGCACCAACUGCUCCUUCCAGGCUGCCGUGCAGCGCCUGGGCGGCCGCACUGUCACGCUGGAUUCCAACACGUCCUCCGUCAAGAAGGGAGAGAGUCUGGAGGACUCAGUCAUCAUGAUGUCAGGAUACUCCGAUGUGGUUGUCAUCCGUCAUCCAGAGCCGGGAGCUGUGGCUCGUGCAGCUGCUGUGAGUCGCCGGCCAGUGAUCAACGCCGGGGACGGGGUUGGGGAACACCCAACUCAGGCACUGCUGGAUGCAUUUGCCAUCAGGGAGGAGAUUGGCACCGUGAAUGGACUGGUGAUCACUAUGGUGGGUGACCUGAAGCACGGCCGCACCGUGCACUCCCUGGCUCGCCUCCUCACCCUCUACAACGUACAGCUGCGCUAUGUGUCCCCACCCGGCCUGGGUAUGCCAGACCACAUCAUGCAGUAUGCCACAGCCCACGGCAUCCACCAGGAGGAGUUCAGCAGCCUGGAGGCAGCGCUGCCAGACACUGAUGUCCUGUACAUGACUCGCAUCCAGAAGGAGAGAUUUGGCACCCUUGAGGACUAUGAGAGGGCCUGCGGUCACUUCAUUGUCACGCCGCACCUCAUGACCCGAGCCAAGCGGCGCAUGAUAGUGCUCCACCCGCUGCCCCGCAAUCAAGAGAUCUCCCCAGAGUUUGACACAGACCCACGAGCCGCUUACUUCAGGCAGGCAGAGGGCGGCAUGUACGUGAGAAUGGCCCUGCUGGCAAUGGUGCUCGGCAAGUGUUGAGGUCACAACUGCUGCCACUGUUGUUGCUGCUGCUGCCUCGGCUUUGCAGUCGUGGUGAGAUCAGUAUGGGAGUGCAACACGUCUUUCACAUUCAGGCUAGUGGUGUGUGGCAACUUAAGCAGAUGUUCUAUAUCCAGAAGAAGUUAAGAAUCUGUUCUUAUUACAUGUUUAGAGUGGUGAAUUACUGAAAUGCCAUAAAUAUGAGGGUGCUGGUAGGUAGACUCCUAAUGUCAUGACCAUGGGUAUUUGCUUUGGGAAAUAAUGGGCUUGGUAUUACAGCAUAUUCAGACAAUAAAAGAUACAUCAUGAAUGUGACUCUAGGUUGCAGUAUUUACAAAGUUUAAAAAAUCUUCAUGAAAAUUAAAUCAUAACAUUAUUGAACAAAUUCCUACACCUAACAAAAGUGAAGUAUGCAACUGCAAAUAUUACUAACCAGUCAGUCCACAGACAAGCCAAUGGCAACAUGUGAUCCUUGGGAGCAGUUACAUAGAUGCAUGAAGUGCUAAUGUAACUCACUGUCAUUGUGCCAAAUUUAAUCACAUUCCUGAAUGCAAAACAGUCCAGCCAAUCUGUCUUUAGUUUAGAGGUUUCUUCAUCAGUAACUUAACACAUUCCUACAAAACAGUUUAGUGCAUGACAGUACCUCAUCCUAAUAGUACAUAGGUUGUUUCACUUACAUUAGAGUAUAUAUCAUUAGCAACAAGCCUCUCAUCAAUCCAUACAUUGUGCUAUGUGCCUCCUGUUAGCUGGAACCAGAAUGUUGUUGUUAUCUUAUCAUCAAGUUACACAUCAUCCAGUCAUGUUCUCUACAAACAGCCAUUGUACUUAAGCCCGAUAAUCAAAAGCCACACCUGGCCUGCAGCAGGAGGGAGGGAGGCUGACACAUGACACACACGUGCCUUGACCACCAACGCACUGCUGUGCUUGAUAAAGGGUGAGGGAAAAGUAACCAUCGGAAAAUCCUAACAUUUUUAGAUAAUACUGUAUCUGGAGUGCCAAAUAAAUCCUGUAAUUUGU